CUCUCUCUCUCUCUCACACACACACACACACACACGUAGAGCAGAGUCUCCUCGCUGUCUUUAGAGAACUCGGACGUGCCGAACAACAGCCAGCGGAUUUUCUUUUUAAUAUCUGUAUCUAUACCUAUAAACACACACAACACACAUUUAUUACACACUUUCACACCUGACGUGCUUCACACAACUGAGCUUUUUGCGCCUGACUGAGGAUAUUUCAGACACGUUUGCCCUCUUCGUUGACAGAAUGUCCAGUGAGGUCCAGCCGAGGCCAGGUGACAGUCCCAAUACGAGCGGAGGCAGUUCCGAUGCCGAACAGAGAGACGUAGCGCCGUCGGUGCAGCCUGAGGAGAGAGAGAGGGAGAGAGAGAGGGAACAGGCUCCGCCAAAGAAAAAGGAGGCCAAGUUCUCCAGCAAGACACCUGUUAAACUCUCUACCAGUGCCAAGAGGAUUCAGAAGGAGCUAGCUGAGAUCACUCUUGACCCUCCUCCAAACUGCAGUGCUGGCCCAAAAGGAGACAACAUCUACGAGUGGAGGUCUACCAUCCUGGGUCCUCCAGGCUCCGUGUAUGAAGGAGGAGUCUUCUUCCUGGACAUCGCCUUCACUCCAGACUACCCCUUCAAGCCUCCCAAGGUGACGUUUCGUACCAGAAUCUACCACUGCAACAUUAACAGUCAGGGAGUGAUCUGCCUUGACAUCCUGAAGGACAACUGGAGCCCAGCGCUAACCAUCUCCAAGGUGCUGCUGUCCAUCUGCUCUCUCCUCACAGACUGCAACCCCGCCGAUCCUCUGGUGGGAAGCAUCGCCACACAGUACCUGACCAACAGAGCAGAGCACGACAGGAUAGCCAAACAGUGGACCAAGCGCUAUGCCACAUAGAAAUUCCUACGACGCUUCAGAGCUCCAUACCCCAUUCCCCUGUCCUUCCCGUAUCCCACAAGGAACUGUCCUUCGUUUCUUGUUGACUUGAACGCUUUUUUUAUACAGUGUAUUCAUACUAAGAGCAAGCUCGUCAGGAUUGUACUUUUUUUUUCCCAAUACACUGAAUGUUGGCAUGGUCAUCAAGAGCUUUAUUAUUUGUAAUGUUAUAUUGCUAUCAUGACCGUUCUGCUAUUGUUUUGCAUUAUUGAGAAGUGCACCGCCUGAGUGAACGGAGUGCGAUUCAUAUGCGACGGUUUUCUUUGCGCUCAAUGAGUACGUCUCUCAUACCAGAGCGAGUGGAUGAUUCUCAAGACGAAGCAAUCCCUGAAUCUUUUUUUUCACAAAUCAGACAUUCUUUCUCCUCAUAAACAAUUGUUUUAACUCAGAUCCCCUCUCUGUUAAGUUGUAUAUGUGGAACACUAUGGCACUGGCCUGUUUAUCUCAAAAUGCGUCGUAAAAUUUGAGAAGCCUGCAGCUUGCCCCGUGCAGUCAAUGGCAGUUUGUUGUAAAGUGCACAUUGUGAGAGAAAAUUUGACUGAUACUCUGUAAGUAACUGAGUGAAUAAAUGAUGUGUUGAGCUGAAA